AUGUCACCACGUCUCAAAAUAUCGAGUUAUGUUAUCGAGAGGCUGUCUAAAAUAGACACUCAUCAAAGUACAGGAUGUUUGUACGGAUUAAUGUACGAUGGGACAUUGCUCGUCGUCGGGUUAAGUUUAGAAUUGUUUGAGCAUGAGAAUAACUCGUACAACCAACUGCUGCUCAACUUACCUGCUGAGAUUGAGCUGUGCGGGGCGUUAAAGCUUGGCGAAACGCUCAGUAUUGAGUCAAACAUUAAGGAGAUAUUACAGGAUGUUGAUAUAACCGACAACCCAUUGGUCAUAAUAUUAAAUGAGAAAAAAGACAUGAAAGCUCAUUUUUUAGUUCAUGAUAAGUUUGAAGAGACACAGUAUGAUGUAUUCUCUGCUGAAGAUCUUUGGAAACAGUUCUUACAUGUGAGGUUAAACACAAUACUGCCACUGAGCUGUGAAGCUACCAUUACAGGUGUUAAAAAUAUCAUGCAGAAUAAGAGGAAAAAGAUAGCAUCAGGUCAAGUGUCAUUUCACAUUGAUGGCACAUCAGUGUACUUGUUUGGAGUAGCAUCAGAUGUGGGUUUAACUGGGACCAGUACAGAUGCCACUGUAGGUGAACUUGUGGACUCCAUGAGCCCUGAACAGCCUACAAAGAAGAAAAAGCACAUUACUAGUUCUGUUGAAAUAGUGCCUGUAAAUCUAGUAUUGAAAACAACAAAGGAUAUAUUGUCAGAUAAGCUUGUAAAAACAGCUGUUAAAAUGAUGACCACACAAAGGAAACCUGCAUAUUGCAUCAGCAUGCCUUUGCGAGUGGACACCCUGGCUAUGAUACACCGCAACACAAAGCUGCUGGAUUUGUACACAGUGCUAGUAGAAGCAGCUUGCCGCUCCCUACGGUUGUUGGAAUGUGUACUGAUAGAACAACUAGGUCAAGAAGGAAUUGGGGAUGGUGCAGGAUUACGCUUGCCAGAGACUUAUCAUUACUUACCGCAAGAAAUUGGCCAUUUUAUUACACGUAUAGUACCCAAAGGAAUCCCAGAUGAAAGCAUGGAUAGAGAACGCCGUUUACUCCAUGAUCAGUUAGCUUUACCAUUGGACAGGCCAUUUUUCCGCCGAGGCAAUGCGUACCCAUACAACAGUGGAGGGAAAUUGGUGAAUCCUCACGAAGCAGUGACUAUGCCACCCACAAAUAAUGAAAUUAACGUGGCUUUAGUACGAGGAAGAUAUACAUACCAUCAUUAUAUGCAGGACAACUUCAACGACGACGGGUGGGGUUGUGCUUAUCGUUCAAUGCAGACCAUAUUUUCAUGGUUUAGGUACCAAGGAUACACAACAGUAGAAAUACCAACUCACAGGGAUAUCCAACAGUGCCUUGUUAACAUAGGGGAUAAACCAUCCUCCUUUUUAGGUUCUAAGCAAUGGAUAGGGUCCACAGAAGUUAUGUUCUGUUUGGAAACACUACUUGGAGUACAGUCGCGGAUAAUAUUUGCUAACAGCGGAACUGAGCUACAGAGCUACGCACCAGAACUUGUUCAUCAUUUCCAGAAACAUGGAAGCCCUAUUAUGAUAGGUGGAGGAGUAUUAGCCCACACAAUUCUGGGUAUUGAGUACAAUUCGGCGACAAACGAGACGCGUUACCUGAUUCUCGACCCGCACUAUACUGGUGGCGAGGAUUUGACCACCGUCGUCAACAAAGGCUGGUGUGGUUGGAAGAAUUCAGAGUUUUGGAACAAAACUGCCCACUAUAAUUUAUGUCUACCGCUGACGAAACCUGCUAUAUAGAAUAUCGUAUUUGAUUUAAAGCUUGUGAAUUUCACUUACCACAGCUCCUUGAAUUGCUCAUUUUAUAGAAACACGUCUCGUGUUCCUGUUGCUACUAGAUUCGCAAACAUUAGUGCUGUCCUCGAUUUAUUCCAUUGAAAAGGAUAGCUGUAAUUUUUAUAAGGCGUAUCAUAAUCCGAAUCGAUCGAAUUAUGAACUGUGAUAAAUUGGCAUUAAGGCCUCCUGAUUCCACAAGAUUGCAUUUUUCUUUAAUGUGAAAAUAUCUUAAUUUGAAUUCGCCAUAGUAAUUUAAGGGGAUAGGUUAGGAUAAAAUAUUCUCAGGUCGUCAUGGCUGACUCUAUCAUAAUAAUUUGCAACUAUUGCGUUAUCGGUUUGCAUUUUGAAUGAAAUUGAAUUGUUUUAUUUAAUUGGCAUAACCAUCUUGCGCACAGCACAUUCGUCAACUUGUAAAUGUAUAACUUUAGUAUCUAUAUUGUAAUAAAAUUAAGAAUAUACUGUCUUCUAUGAAAGGUCAUACUUGUUUCGCAAUUUGAUUUUAUUAAUGCACCGACCAGGCUUGACAACGUAAGUAAAACAGAGGCGCAAAGUAUCGUGGAUAAUGUAACACCAUAUAAAGGUUGUAAUUGCACUAAUUUAAAAUAUAUUAUUUUUUGCAUUUUUUGAACGAUCAAUUUCUCUGAUCGCUUGUAUUAUGUGAAAGUAUCAGAGGCAUGUAAGUUUUAAAAUGGAGUUGUUUAUAUUUUGUACCUAUUAA